AUGCCCUUGUUCCAAGAGAUCUACGAAGAGUUCAAGGGCUUCGACAUCGACUUUUACAUCGUGUACCUGGCAGAGAUGCAUCCUGCCGACGGUUGGGUCAUUGGUGGCGACUCGAUCAGCACAUGUUACAAACAACCAAAGACAAUGGAGGAGAGACUGACCAUUGUGAAGGCGCUCCAAGAGUACAGUCCCAAUGUGACCAUUCCCUAUCUGGUUGAUCUGAUCGACGACAACUUCAAUCAAGUCUACGAUGCUGUGCCCGAGCGUCUCUACGUCCUCGAGAACAACAAGUUCUCCUAUGUUGGUGGUCCUGGACCUUUCCAAUUCAUACCCGAGGAGUUAAGAGAAUACCUAACAAAGAGAUACAAGUCAAACAAGUAA